AGCCCAACAGACUCGUAGAAAGACGAAGGCCGUCGUCGAGCGCGCACGGUUUUCUCGCGAGUGGGAUUUCUCUUACAUAAGAACGGCCGUUUCGCGUUCUUCGUUGACGUCGAAAUAUCCUACGUUUCAAAAUACAUCAAUUGUUUUUCUUUUCGGAGAUGAGUGAAUAGCAAACGAUUAAAAGUUGGUCGAUUGUCGUACUCGUCGAAGUCAACACUCCUUCGUUUAUCGACGCAGCUCGACCUAUCGUUUACGCGCGAACGCGCUUUCCCCGUCGAGAAAAUCGAUCGAUAUUGCGGCGGACGGCAAAGUAGGGAGGAAUCAUGAGAAUUCAUUUUUCUUUCCACCUUUGUUAGAGCUCCAAGAAAAGACCAUCCAGUGCACCAUCCAUUUUUCGAAAGUCUUCCUAAUUGACGUUUUGCCGACCACCGUCGUUUUGCCACGCUUUUAUUUAUUUAUUUUUUUUUUUUUUUUUGAAUUUUACAUUUCAAAAUGGGCGGCAAUAAUACUGGAAGGAGCAUCUUCACUUACGAUAGUCUGGUACAUGCAUUAUCAGGCGCAGCUGGUAGCGUUAUCGCCAUGGCAACCUUCUUCCCGCUGGACACCGUGCGAAGCCGAUUGCAACUGGAGGAGAAUAGAGAAGCAAAGAACACACUAGCGAUGAUACGUGAACUAACUUCGAAAGAAGGACCGCAUACGUUGUACCGAGGAAUGGUACCCGUUCUUCAAAGUCUUUGUGCCAGCAAUUUCGUUUAUUUCUAUACGUUUCAUGGCUUGAAGAUGUUGAGAAGUAGAAGAAAUCAAACAGCUGGAAAUGAUCUUUUGGUAGCAUCAAUAGCAGGUGUGAUCAACGUGCUGACAACGACACCCCUUUGGGUAGUCAAUACGAGAUUGAAAAUGAAAGGAAUCGGUAGUGUUACCGAAAAGAACAAUAACGAUUACAACACAUUGUAUGAUGGUCUUUUGCAUAUAUGGAAAUAUGAAGGAUUGGAAAAAUUAUGGGCAGGUACAUUUCCGAGUCUGCUUCUCGUUGCAAAUCCAGCGAUUCAAUUCAUGACGUACGAGAGUAUAAAGAGAAAAAUUGAUGCAUCCUCUUCUGGCAUUCAACCACCAGCUUGGGUCUUUUUCGCUAUUGGUGCGAUCGCGAAAACGGUCGCUACGACGUUAACUUAUCCUUUACAACUAAUACAAACGAAACUGAGGCACGGACACAAGUAUCCUGACUUACCACCGAAUGCUGGAACUAUCCAAAUUCUUUUUUAUAUUUUAAAAAAACAAGGCAUACUUGGAUUGUACAAGGGAAUGGAAGCAAAACUUUUGCAGACUGUCUUAACUGCGGCGUUGAUGUUUCUAACUUACGAGAAGAUAUCAAGAUUCGUAUUUCGCAUACUUCUUCAUAGACCUGGUGUCAGAUAACGAUAUGAUUAUUAGAGGCUGUAUUUAAGCAUAAAUGGGUUACGAAAAUUUAAAUAAAUAUAUAUUAAUGCGA